CGCUCACUAUGGUUUCGCGCGUUUUUGAAAUCGUUAUGUUUACUUUCACGAGCCUGUAGAGGUUACUAGUAUUAUUAGUAUUUAUUUUAAAAUAUAUUUUAUGAAAAUUUGUUAUUUCUGUACAAUAUGAAUGUUUAAAAUGUAAAUAUGGUAUUUAUAAUAUGAUGCUCGGUAAUUUCUAAGUAAACAAAUCUUGGUAACGCUAAAUUUUUUAACUAUUUUUGAUCGAAAAUGAGUCUUUGGGUGGAUAAAUAUCGCCCGACAACGCUCGGGAAAUUGGAUUAUCACACGGAACAAGCAGAAUAUUUGAAAAAUAUGGUAAAGAAGGGAGAUUUUCCACAUUUAUUAGUAUAUGGUCCACCAGGUGCAGGGAAGAAGACUCGUAUAAUGUGCAUCAUACGAGAAUUAUAUGGAAGUGGAGCAGAGAGACUAAGGAUGGAAACUAUGCAUUUCGAGACACCAUCCAAGAAGAAGCUAGAAAUAACAACAAUAAGUAGCAACUAUCAUAUAGAGGUGAAUCCUAGCGAUGUGGGCAUAUACGAUAGAGUUGUUGUGAUGGAUUUAGUAAAAACAACAGCUCAAACUCAUCAAAUAGAUUCAAAUGGACAAAGAGAAUUCAAAGUGGUACUGCUGACUAACGUCGACGAACUUACUAAAGAUGCUCAACAUGCCCUUAGAAGAACAAUGGAAAAGUAUGUUGCUACGUGUAGAUUGAUACUUUGCGCAAAUUCUACAUCGCGGGUGCUGCCAGCGAUAAGGUCUCGAUGUUUAGGAAUCAGAGUACCAGCUCCAUCGAUAUUAGAUAUAAAAAAUAUUUUACACUCGGUUUGUAAGCGCGAAGGUUUAACUUUACCCGAUAAAUUAGCUGUUAGAUUGGCUGAAACGAGUGGUAGGAACCUGAGACGAGCGAUAUUGAUGCUUGAAGCGUGCAAAGUCGAACAGUACCCAUUUACGGAAGAUCAGAAAAUUACGGAACCUGACUGGCAAGUGUACAUUCGAAAUACGGCUAACAUGAUGGUCAGCGAACAAAGCCCGAAAAAACUUCUCGAAAUACGCAAUAGACUUUACGAAUUAUUGACCCACGCUAUACCGUGCGAUUUAAUAUUUAAGGGUCUUCUACAAGAAUGUAUAAAAAAUUGCGAUUUGCAAUUAAAAAUUGAAAUCGCAACAGUUGCAGCCGAGUACGAACAUAAGAUGCGUAAAGGGUCCAAACCGAUUUUUCAUUUAGAAGCAUUUGUUGCUCGCUUUAUGGCAAUUUAUAAAAAAUUUAUCGAUUCGUCUCUCGAGUGUUUUGAGUGAUGUAUUUAUUGGCAUACUUAAAUGUACUUAGGCUAACUAUUCAAACAUAAAUAAACGUUUUUAAUGAAUUCGUACACACA